AAAAAUAGUUUUUAGCACGGGAAAAAAUGUUUUUGUAGUUUUAUCAGUUUUCGUUUGUGUCAAAAAUGAUAUUAUGUUUAGGUUUGUAAUUUGUGAAUUACAUUAGGGGUAUAAUAGACAUUAUACAAUUUUGAAUGAACCAUCUCCGUUCAAAUGAUCCAAAUUGGUUCAGCUGAAUGAACUUUAAAAUUAAGCCUAAAUUUUCAAAAGUCAUCCGGAUGAUUCAUCUGAAUGAGUUGCACUUUUAGUGCCUAAACAAACAAAACUUAAGUAGGAUGAAUACCCAUUCACGUUAAACAACUCAAACCUCAUCCACAUCAAAACAUCUCAAAAGAGAAUGGCGAGACAUUUAGAAGAUGUGAUUAGCAUGGCGACAACAACAACACAGUUCCAUGUUAGUUACCUUCUUCAUAUUGUGUUUUUGGCUCUGUUCAGCUGUUGUGUCCUCUCGGCUCUGUUACUCUCAUGUGCUGACGGAGCAUCCGACAACAAAGCCACUUCCGGCAAUACCCCUUCUGCCGGUGGUUGUGGUGGUGCCGGUUGCGGCGGUGGUUGUGGAGAUUGAGUUUCUUCAUAUUCGCCGUGACUUGGUGGUAUUGUGGCUUUUGUGGUUAUCAUUGGCAUAAGCUAUUUCGUUGUUUUUUCAUAAAUAUAAGAAUUUCUAUAAAUCGUAUUACUAAAGCAACUGCAUAACGAUUUAAAAGUUAAAUUAA